CCGUAGUUACUUAUUGUACAAACAAGGAAGUGCAAUACAGCACCACCCAUGUGAGAUUUUUCGACAUUAAUGCAGCUUCCACGUUUUUAUACAUUUUAUUGAGGAAUGGCUUCAAAUUCUCUUUAUUCGCAAAGGGACCCAGUGCUGAAAAAGAGGGAUGACUUCGAAGACAUGUUGGAGGAGCGGAGGAACUCAAGCGAUCUGAGAUAUGUGUUGAAAUGCUACGCGCCCCUACUGUAUAAAGGUGUGACGCCCUGCACAGCCAGCAAGCUGAAGGACAUCGUGCUUCAUUCUGAUCAGCUCCGCUAUGUCAUCAAUCAGCUGUCCAGGGAGACUGGCGAGGACCGUGAGCUCAUCCAGGAGGAGGCCUCGGCCAUCUUGGAUGAAAUGGCUCACCGCCAGCAGAUCAGCACUGUCAGGUUCUUAGCCUACACGCUCACCAAGGCCUUCAAGAUCAUCUUCCGGAACAUCAGGGUCAACGAGGAUGGCAUCCAGAGGCUGCAGCAGGCCAUCCAGGAACACCCAGUAGUCCUCCUGCCCAGUCACCGUAGUUACAUGGACUUCCUGCUGAUGUCAUACAUCCUGUUCACCUACGACCUCACACUUCCUGUCAUCGCGGCCGGGAUGGAUUUCAUGGGAAUGAAGUUCAUAGGAGAGAUGCUGCGGAUGUCGGGGGCGUUCUUCCUCCGCCGCUCGUUCGGAGGAGACAGGCUGUACUGGGCUGUGUUCUCUGAGUACGUCAAGACCAUGCUGAGGAGUGGAUAUGCACCAAUCGAGUUCUUCCUAGAAGGAACCAGAAGCCGAACAUCCAAGUCCCUCACUCCAAAAUUAGGUCUGCUGAACAUAGUGAUGGAGCCCUUCUUCAAGGGUGAGGUGUUUGACGUCAGCCUGGUUCCGGUCAGCAUCAGCUACGAGAGGAUCAUGGAGGAGACUCUGUAUGCCCGGGAGCUUCUGGGCGUGCCCAAACCCAAGGAGUCCACCUCUGGUCUGCUGAAAGCCCGCAAUGUCCUUAGUGAGGACUAUGGCAGCAUCCAUGUCUACUUUGGCCAGCCAGUCUCAGUCAGAAGUCUGGCUCACAGCAGAGUCAACCGAGCAGAAUACAACUGUCUGCCCAGACACAUUCCCAGAAGGCCGAGCAGGGAGGCCCAGGCGUUGGUGAAUGACGCGGCUUAUCGAGUCGUGCGUCUGCAGGAGGAGAACAUGGUCCUGAAGCCCUGGGUUCUGAUGGCCUUGUUGCUGCUCCAGAACCACACCACAGACCAGGACCAGAACCAGGGCAUGGAGCUGGACCUGCUGACGGAACAGAGCCUGUGGCUCAGACACCUGGCCCGGGAAUACGGGGCCUUCCUGGACUGGCCUGACCAUGUCCCUCCAGCCACGGUGGUCUCCUCCAGCCUGUCUCUCCACAAAGGCCUGGUGUGUGUGUCCGGAGGCCGCGUGAGGCUGCUGGAGGCAGGCUCCUCUCCCUCCUCGACCAGCCCGGAGGAGAGCCUCUUCUCCCGGGCUGUGGGCAUGCUGGCCUGCACCUCCUACAGGAACCAGGUCCUCCACAUCUUCCUCAGACCAGCCCUGCUGGCCACAGCCAUGCACACUGCAAACUCCACGAAGAAAGAGGACGUCUACAACGGCUUCAGCUUCCUCAGGAACAUCUUCUCCAACGAGUUCAUCCUCUGUCCUGGAGACACGGUGCAGGACUACGAGGAGGCGUGCUACCUGCUGGUGAAGACCGGGGCUGUGCAGGUGCUUCAAGAUCAUCUGCUGGGGACCGACAGGACACAGGACACACUGUCCUUCCUCGUGGCUGUCCUGGAGCCUUUCAUUCAGGGAUACCAGGUGGUGUGUCGGUUCCUGUGUGAGGAGGCAGGGGAGGGGCUGACCGAGAAAGAGUUUGUCCCGGCCGUCAGGAGUUUUGCGGUCAAGCUCAUCCUGGCAGGCAGUCUGAGGUGCUACGAGGUCUUGUCGUCUGACCUGCAGAAAAACUCCCUGGCGGCUCUACUGCGCAUGGGGGCGGUACAGAAGGUCAAAGGAGCUGACAAGGUGACCCUGAAGGUGAACAAGAUGGCGGUGAACUCACUAGAAGACACGUUGGGAGGAAAACUUUGCGCUCAGAAAGCUGUCCUCGCUCGCCUCUAACUGUCAUCCUCACCGGAGCAGAAGGAAAGUCUGGAGAGCAUGUCUUCUGGAUUCAUUAGCAUAUGAAGCUGAGCAUUCCGGAACCUUCUGUGUUCCACCACUGGGGCCGACUACAAAGGCUGCCGUCAGGCGUCUGCUAGCGGGGACUUCACACACCUGCCACGUGGAGCUCUCCUCUCACAAGAAGAGGUUUCCGACAGCUAACACCUCACAAAGUUUCUUAUGUCUCCAGGCCCCUGACUAAGCUCUUGUGUCUCUCUUCAGAAACCUUUUGAAUCAGACCUGAUGCUGCCAACUCAAGUCUUGAAGUAUCUGGUUUUGAUUAACGUGCGUGAUGUAAUACGUUGUGGCGUGUGUCAAAUGUUCUAACUGCUUGGACUUUAGCUCUGUCUACUGCUGUUUGUUACAACGAAAAUAGAGGUCUGCUUUACAUAACAAUGUUUAAUAGGUUUUGUUUGCACUUUUGUAUUAAUCUACGUAUAUGUUUGCACGGUGAUGUGGACCUGUCGAAUGAUGUUCCUAUCUAUAGUUCUAUAUUCCCCUUUUGUAAAGAGAAUUGUUGCCUUUGUAGUUUUUUGGGGGUUAAAAAUGACCCCAAAGGAGGAUUGGAUUAUGUUAUAAGGUGGGUGAUAGUAGUCUAUUUAUAUUAACGCUGGGUAAAUGGAGCAUUAACCAUUUCAGAUAUUGUAUUUUAACAUUACAAUCUAUUACAAAGGAUUUAAUUAAGUCAAAGUGGACCUGAACCACCUACGAACCAAGCCAAAAGAGGUGGAGGUGGAUUUUACUAGCCAACUGUCUGUUACCAAGGAUUUCCCUGAACCAUGUUGUCAUUGAGCAAGACCCAUGUUUCCUGUGGCGUGUUGUGUUUACGGCUGUUCCCAUACCCUCAGCUACAGACUCUCAGCAGCAUAUCUAACGCCAAAGUGUUUCUCUGUCGCUUAACCGAAGGAUCCUUUUAAGAUGUCGAACACAGUCAUUAUUGGACACAUUUUACAGCUUGUCUGGACGACUUUUGUCCUAUGCAACACCUAGUGUUAGCGACUGUUGUCCUGGCUGUUGACGCCUAUUUGUUUACACAAACCAACAUAAACAGGAAGUUAUCGACUGAGUGGAAGUCUCUGAUGCCAAGGGCAGCAGAUACACGACCACUCCUGUUCUGGCCAAAGCAUUCUUACUGUCUGUUGCCUUUAUGUAGACUGUGUUGAUGUACUGACUGUGAAAUGCUUUACCAUUGGUGACUGUCCUUGUGGUGAGUCACAACAAAGCUAUCUGAAGGUUUCGCUGUGAAGACCUAUGAUGAUCCUGAGGUCUACACUUGGAAUCUGCUGACUGGUGUGUAUCAGGUCAAUAAAGGAUUU